UUGAUCCCCCCUUGUGGCCCCAUCCUACCACCGGGGGCCAUGAUUUGAACAAACUUCAAUCUGCAAUAUGUCAGGAAGCUUUCAGGUAAAUUCCCGCUCUUCUGGCCCAGUAGUUCUUGAAAAGAAGAUUUUUAAAUGAUCCCGCCCUAUUUUUGCAUUUUUGUGAUUAUCUCCCCUUUACAAGGGACAUAACCCUUCAUUUGAACAAAAUUGAAAGCCCUUCACCCAAGGAUGCUUUUGGCCAUGUUUGGUUGAAAUUGUCGCAGUGGUUCUGGAGAAGAAGUCGAAAAUGUGAAAAGUUUAACAGACAGACGGACAGACAAACAGACAGACAGACAGACAGACGACGGACAAAAAGCGAUCAGAAAAGCUCACUUGAACCUUCGGUUCAGGUGAGCUAAAAACAACUUUUCAAGUUCGUUUUGUAAUAUUUCUUUUCACAUAUAUUCUGAAUGAAUUUCAUGUUCUUUUUACUACAUGUACAAUCCAAUGUAGUAUUGGUUAGUACGUGUUCUUUCGCUGAAAACAUUUAGUGCGCUCAAAAAAAAAAAAAAAAAAAAGAACAAAGUAUACAUAUACACACAAGAAUAAUUCAAGGUAACAACGCGCUACGUACAUAUAUGAUAUUCAUUUAAUUUAAAUCACAGCAUCCGCCACAAUUGAUUAAAACUUUCGGAAAAAGUCAAUUAAACUUUUCAAAUAAAAAUCAUAGUGCACAUUUCUUUAAUAAAACUUUGAGCAUAUGGCGACAUAAAUUGGAUUAUUUUCAUAUUGAGUUCAUGACGUCGCAUAAAGCAACAUCAAAAUGGCACAACGUUAUCGUAAACUAUACUGUAUUUACAUAUGUAGUAUACAUAAGAAAAGCAUUUUACGAAGACAUCAUAACCAUUUGAUGGAAGUAUACACCAUAUGAAAGAAUUUAGAGGAAUAUCAUUUAAUUUGGACGCGGGACCAAAUUUGGCCCCAAACGUACCUUGUCCUUUAAACAGCAAUAUUUUCAAAAUUCUAUGCAAGUCUGAACUUGCUAAGGCGUUUUUUCAUAAUUUCCGGGUUAUAAUGGGUCGUCAGUAUUAAAGUGUUGUAAAGGGCGAUCGAAUGGGGCGGCCCUUCGGAUAAGACCGCUAAACCUGAUAAAUAUCUAAUAUGUUUUUCAUUAUUUCUAGGAAACGACGAAGAAUCCGAACCACUUACAUCAAUCGGCGAACAGAGAGAUGGAUAUGAAGAAAAUAGUAACCCUACUGCUGAAUCAAAGAAACCUGAGGAUAAAGAAGGCAGUGUCCCCGAUGAAGAGUCACAGAAACCUGACGAUAAAAAGUACAGUGUCCCUGAUGGAGUAAAGAAUCAAAUAGAAAACCAUGGAAUUGAUUUCCUAAGAAGCAUGUCCUUAGAACAUGACAAAUAUCGCAAUGGAAUAGCAAAGAUGUUGCAAGUCCCUGUAGAAGUUCUUGGAAUGUCAAACGAAGACAUUGAAACCUUUAUCAGAAACUACAAAAAAGGGAGUACAAAGGUAUACUGCGGCCGUGGAAUGGUGGUGGGUUACUUUGGGGCAGGAAAGACAACUCUGGUGAAGAAAUUGAAGGGAGAAGAUGUAUCUCAUCCACCAGAAUCCACGAGAGGAUUAGAAGUUCAUACAAAUAUUUUUACUCUAGAUGAAGACGAAACUAGUUUGAUGGUGAACAAGGAUCAGAAGAGUAAACAUAUUUUGCAAAUAACGAUGGGAACUUCUGGGAGUGAAUCUGAUGAAACUUCAUUGAAUGCUACACAAUCAAAUCCAAACGCUGAUGAUGAAAUACAAAGUACAACUAUCUCAUCAGCAAUAAAUGGUACAGAACCUUCAUCUCAAAAACACGAAAAGAAAUAUGAUUUGCCAUUUCAAAAAAUUAAGACUGGUUUCACCUUAGAAAAGUCAAAUGAUUUUCCUAGUAAAGCUGAGGAAAAAUCUCAUAAAACUGGAAAAUAUCUUGAUAAGCAUCUCGUAAAAGAUCAGAUUAAACACAGUGUUCCGAAUAAGACUGAUGAAAAUCAACAAAUUCUGGGACUUGACAUAGGUAUUUUCCUACCUAAUGUCAGUGAUAAGCCAGUAAAGACGAUAAGUUUGUUGGACUUUGCUGGUCAAGAUGCUUACUACGCCUGUCACCACAUCUUCUUAAGUCCAAGGAGUUUUUACAUCCUAGUGACGGAUAUGUCUAAGGAAUUGACCGAAAAGCCAACCAACGCUCUUCAGACAAAGGAUCUCAUAUACAGCGAUUGGACUCACCGGGAUUACAUCAACCACUGGCUAGGAUCAAUCCACACAUACAGUUCGAAAACAGCACCUGUCAUUCUGGUUCUAUCGCAUUCAGAGACAAAAGAGGAGGCAGAGAAAAAAUACUUACUGAAAGUACUAGAAGGUGUAACGAAAACAUUACAAGGCCAUUUAAGCGUAAAUAGUGUGUUUGCAGUAGAAAAAGAGUCUGAUAAAAAUAUUGAAAAGAUCAAAUUAAGUAUGAUAAAGGUAGUCACGGAACAAAGCCAUUGGGAAGAGUCCAUUCCUACAUCAUGGGUUCAUCUAGAGGCCUAUCUAAUGGAAAUCAAAAAACGUCAAAUGGUUUUGCAAAAGACAAACCUUUGGGAGGCAUUGUCAUCUAAAAAAACAAUGGGGAUUACAAGUGAAGAGGAUAUGACGACUGCGCUGAAAUUGUUUAAUGACAUUGGCGUUAUUGUCUUCACCACUUCCGCAGAGUCCAUUAUUCUUGGUGUCCAGUGGUUUGUAAAUGCCUUUAAGCACAUUAUAACAGAUGAAGAUCACGCAGAGCAUGAUAUAGCAAAGCAUUUCUACGAGUGGAAAAACUUCAACACCAAUGGAAUUUUGCCAAAGAACUUAGUAAAAGAAAUAUGGAGAGGACAAGAGUCAUUCACUAAAUACACGGAAGAUUUAAUAUUUCACAUGAUCAAUCUUGGAAUGAUUGCUGAAAUGGAAAAGGGAGAAAAAUACUAUGUCCCUUGUAUGAACAAGCAAAAGUAUGACACGAAUGUCUUGGACAACUGUACUUAUUCUUCCACUGUCUGCUUCAUGUUUGAAUAUCUACCAUUGGUGAUUUUCCAUCGUUUAAUUGCCACAUGUAUGACAAAAGAAGGCUGGAGGAUCUGGGAUGGGAACGAUCAGAAUCAGAGGUUUGGUCAAACCAGUGAAUGUGUGUUUCACACUGCUGCCAUACUUAAAGUAAAAGGCCAUCUCAAGAUUCUGAUAGGGAUAACAGAAAAGAAGACAUAUUUACAGGAUCCGAAAAAUACACAUCCCUAUUCCAUAGAAAUACAGGGCAUUGUUUUCAAAGAUGAAAAGAUGCCAAGACUGUUUAGUGAAGUUGAAAGAAUAACACAACAUCUAAAAGAUUUAACUUCAUGUUUUGGAGCAAAUCGUGACAGGGCCUAUAAGAUUGGAUAUAGAUGUUCAAGAGUCCCAUUCUCUGACACUUCUGAUUCCCAUAUCAUAUUACAGUCUGCAAACGAAUGUACAGAAUGUAGGAAGAGUGGAGUAAUUGACGACAUGAAAAUAGAUUGGACGGAUGACGGAACAUCUAGGAUUGACACAUUCGAUAUUAUUGAAAAGAACCAUGAGAGGAAUAUGGACCAAAUCGAUUUAUCUCCAGGAUCAAUAGAACACGACAGAAAUGGAGGAUAUAUACAGCCUGAUCACAAACAGGACCACGAUAAUGUAUUACACGAAGCCUGCAAGAAUGCGGAGCUACAAACGUGUGAACAUCUUAUCCAAACAUACCCUCACCUUCUACACAGUGUAGAUAGUGAUGGAUGGAAUGCUGCUCUACACGCCUCUGAAGGAGGAAACGUUAAAAUUCUACAACUACUGGCAGAUAAUGAAGUAGACGUCAAACAUAAAGACAAUGACGGCUGGAACAUUCUUUACGUGGCAUGUGGCAACGCUAACUUAGAAAUGAGUCGUUAUAUCAUCCAAACAUACCCUGACCUUCUACACAGUGUAGAUAAUGAUGGAUGGAAUGCUGCUCUACACUCUGCUGGAGGAGGAAACGUUAAAAUUCUACAACUACUGUCAGAUAAUGAAGUAGACGUCAAACAUAAAGACAAUGACGGCUGGAACAUUCUUCACGCGGCAUGUAGGAACGGUGAAUUAGAAAUGAGUCGUUAUAUCAUCCAAACAUACCCUGACCUUCUACACAGUGUAGAUAAUGCUGGAUGGAAUGCUGCUCUACACGCCUCUGAAGGAGGAAACGUUAAAAUUCUACAACUACUGGCAGAUAAUGAAGUAGACGUCAAACAUAAAGACAAUGACGGCUGGAACAUUCUUUACGUGGCAUGUGGCAACGCUAACUUAGAAAUGAGUCGUUAUAUCAUCCAAACAUACCCUGACCUUCUACACAGUGUAGAUAAUGAUGGAUGGAAUGCUGCUCUACACUCUGCUAGAGGAGGAAACGUUAAAAUUCUACAACUACUGGCAGAUAAUGAAGUAGACGUCAAACAUAAAGACAAUGACGGCUGGAACAUUCUUUACGUGGCAUGUGGCAACGCUAACUUAGAAAUGAGUCGUUAUAUCAUCCAAACAUACCCUGACCUUCUACACAGUGUAGAUAAUGCUGGAUGGAAUGCUGCUCUACACGCUGCUAGAGGAGGAAACGUUAAAAUUCUACAACUACUGGCAGAUAAUGAAGUAGACGUCAAACAUAAAGCCAAUAACGACUGGAACAUUCUUCACGCGGCAUGUAGGAACGGUGAAUUAGAAAUGAGUCGUUAUAUCAUCCAAACAUACCCUGACCUUCUACACAGUGUAGAUGAUGAUGGAUGGAAUGCUGCUCUAGACGCCGCUAAAGGGGGGAACAUUAAAAUUCUACAACUACUGUCAGAUAAUGAAGUAGACGUCAAACAUAAAGACAAUGACGGCUGGAACAUUCUUCACGCGGCAUGUGUCAACGCUAAAUUAGAAAUGAGUCGUUAUAUCAUCCAAACAUACCCUGACCUUCUACACAGUGUAGAUAAUGCUGGAUGGAAUGCUGCUCUACACGCUGCUAGAGGAGGAAACGUUAAAAUUCUACAACUACUGUCAGAUAAUGAAGUAGACGUCAAACAUCAAGACAAUAACGGUUGGAACAUUCUUCACGCGGCAUGUGUCAACGCUAACUUAGAAAUGAGUCGUUAUAUCAUCCAAACAUACCCUGACCUUCUACACAGUGUAGAUAAUGAUGGAUGGAAUGCUGCUCUACACGCUGCUAGAGGAGGGCACGUUAAAAUUCUACAACUACUGUCAGAUAAUGAAGUAGACGUCAAACAUAAAAACAAUGACGGCUGGAACAUUCUUCACGCGGCAUGUGUCGACGCUAACUUAGAAAUGAGUCGUUAUAUCAUCCAAACAUACCCCGACCUUCUACACAGUGUAGAUAAUGAGGGACAGAAUGCUGCUCUACACGCUGCUAUAGGAGGAAACGUUAAAAUUCUACAACUACUGUCAGAUAAUGAAGUAGACGUCAAACAUCAAGACAAUAACGGCUGGAACAUUCUUCACGCGGCAUGUGUCAACGCUAACUUAGAAAUGAGUCGUUAUAUCAUCCAAACAUACCCUGACCUUCUACACAGUGUAGAUAAUGAUGGAUGGAAUGCUGCUCUACACGCUGCUAGAGGAGGAAACGUUAAAAUUCUACAACUACUGUCAGAUAAUGAAUUAGACGUCAAACAUAAAGCCAAUAACGGUUGGAACAUUCUAAACGUGGCAUGUGGCAACGCUAACUUAGAAAUGAGUCGUUAUAUCAUCCAAACAUACCCUGACCUUCUACACAGUGUAGAUAAUGAUGGAUGGAAUGCUGCUCUACACGCUGCUAUAGGAGGAAACGUUAACAUUCUACAACUACUGGCAGAUAAUGAAGUAGACGUCAAACAUAAAGCCAAUAACGGUUGGAACAUUCUAAACGUGGCAUGUGGCAACGCUAACUUAGAAAUGAGUCGUUAUAUCAUCCAAACAUACCCUGACCUUCUACACAGUGUAGAUAAUGAUGGAUGGAAUGCUGUUCUACACGCUGCUAUAGGAGGAAACGUUAACAUUCUACAACUACUGGCAGAUAAUGAAGUAGACGUCAAACAUAAAGCCAAUAACGGCUGGAACAUUCUUCACGCGGCAUGUAGGAACGGUGAAUUAGAAAUGAGUCGUUAUAUCAUACAAACAUACCCUGACCUUCUACACAGUGUAGAUAAUGAUGGACAGAAUGCUGCAUUCUACGCCGUUCGAGAAGGACACGUUAAGAUUCGACAAUUACUGACCGAGCAUGGAGUGAAAACUUAAAGAAAGCUAGAAUGACUUGUUUUCUGUUUUAUUUGGAUUUAGAGUGCAUACUGCGUAAAACCCCUGUUUGUAGAAAAGUAAUAACUAUUCAAUAAUGAGGUUAACCUCUCUUUUAUAGAGGAACGUAAACGUUUGCUUACAAGGUAUAACGUAUUAUGGAAGUACACGAGAAUUAGCGCUACACAUCAAAUUAAUUCUCAUCAUGUGACUUUUUUGAUUUAAUAAACAUUUGGGUUCAGUUCCUUCGUUCAAUUUCUUAAUUAUAUGAAAUUGCUUAUAGUCGAAUAAACAUAUCAGAGUGCUUCAAUGUC